AUGUAGGUUUUAUGGUUUAUUUGAUGUUUUAUUGUUAUUCAAUGUCAGUUUUAACAGACCUCUAAUGGGUGGAACAAUUCCAGAGAAAUCAGCGUAAAGAGGUCGUGUGUUGGAUUUAAACUGCUUCCCUUCAUCCCUUAAUUCGCCAGAUAUGGAUUUCCAUUGUAUUAUAACUAUGAUGGUUAUCGUCAUUGCUGGAAAGGUAGAGGGGGCAGCAAUUCAACAUGAUCAAAAGUGCACUUUGUCAUCAGAAUGUCCAACAGGUUCCUGCUGCAGGCAUACUAAUGGAUCACUCCUGAUAUAUUCUGGAGUGUUCGACCAUAUAGGACCAUACAAUCCGCAGACAACAGGCCAUUGUGUACCGUUAUUAGCUCAGUAUAAUGAACAGUGUGGCGAGACAUGUCCAUGUGACGAAACAGAAGGUUUAACAUGUUUUAGGAGUAUUUUAACAGAUAAUACCAUAGCUCCAUUUAGAUGUCAGGACAAAUCUUACGUUGACAGAGAAACCGAUAAAUUUAUGGAUUGUUUCCAAAAUCCAAAUUGUCAACUUCCUCUUUAAGUUUAAACAUUUUACGGUUUGCCUAUUUAAAAUAAAAACACAUGUAAAUAUUUAGAGUGCUCAAAGCUUAAACACGUUUGGUGCAAAUAAAGGUGCGACACUAUUUUUUAUAGAAUAUGUAAAUGUUGGGGGAAAUUGUCGAGUCAACAGAUACACAUACUUCUUGCUUAUACUUUUCAAGUAAAGACACAACUUUUUGAUAAAUAUUAGAAUGAUUUCAUAAUACUUAGUAAAAUAAACCUAAAACGAAAUCGAGAGUUUUAAGAUUGAAACUAAACGAUUUUUUUUCUGGGGAAGUUUUCUUGCAUAUAAACACUGACGAACAAAUAACGCAAGUGUUGCUUCUUUAUUUGUAUAAGAUUUACUUAUGGCAAUAAAAUUGCAUCUCUGUAUCUAAUAAAUGUAAAUAUGU